AGCCGAGGAGCGAGGAGGGAGCAUGCGCGCCGUGAAGGCACUAAUCGGACCUGAAGGACCGCCGAAAGGCUCCCGCUUCACCUGCUCGCGCCAACCAAAUUCACGCCAUCCCGAGAGCGAACGAACGCGCGCACCACAUCCCCCAAGCACCAUCCACGUGGACUUGGAGGCCGACGGGGAGAAGGAGGAGGAGGGAUCAUCACAAGCUCCUCCUUUUCCCUCCACCUCCUCCUGUUCCCCCGCCACUUUCGCCCAGACCGGAAGCGGAAGAGAGUUUGUUGUCGCUCGGCUGGGUCCUGAUGCCGGAAGUUGCUGGGCGGGGAGAAGGGAUAUUUACAACAAGAGAAGCUUUUAGCCACAUGCCGAGCAUUUAUAUUGGAAAGUUCAGAUUUAAAAGAAUAUGCUGAGCACUGUACAGACGAAGGCUUUCUUCCAGCUUGUUUGUUGUCUUUCUUUGGAAAGAACCUAAUCACCAUACUGAAUGAAUACAUGGCAAUGAAAUCAAAAGAAGCAACAAAUGAUGUUCCAGCAAUGAUGUCGUCAUUGUGGAAGAAGUUAGACUACACACUUUCUCAGAUCAGGAGCAUGCAAAGUUCAAGCGGAUUUUCUGCUCAUCAAAGGAGUCGCACAAGAAGUGCAAUUGCAGAUAUGAAAAAGCAGAAGUGUCUUCAGCAGUCAGUCACUUCAACUUUAGGGUUGUCAUCUGUAACCCAUCAGCCAGGACAAUUGAAUUCUACCCCAGUCACAGCCACCCAGGUUAUUCUUAAACCAAUUAUAACGCCAAGUCUCUCUCAGGCAAGAUCAAAUUCUUCAUUUGCACAUCAGUCCCAAGUGCAGGAAAACCAUAUUAAUACAGAAGAUUCUCUCAGCAUGGUUUCUGCACUCCAAGAACGGAAACUUCACUCAAGUGUGAUGUCUCCUGGAAAACGAAAAAGUGACUCCCAGAAGAAAAAAAGCAUUGUUUCAUGUGGACCACAAGUAUCAAAUACUGGUUUACAGGAUUCUCCUACAGUGGAAGAAGGAAGUUUAGCAAUGGAAGGAGAAAAUGAACUUAUAGACGGCAGUCUUCCUCAAAUGAUUAUUGAAAAUGCCAGAGAGAAAAUUCUGAGCAACAAAUGUCUUCAGGAGAAGCUAGCUGAAAAUAUUAACAAAUUCUUGGGCAGUGAUGGCAAUAUUUCUCAGACUGCAAAGCAAGCAGACAGUGGCCCUACAAUACAAGAGUCUACAAUUGAUGAAUUCCUUGGUCUUCAGCAGGGUGAAAUUCACAUGACUGAAGAAGCCAUCCAGGAGAUUCUGGAGCAAACAGAGUCAGAUCCAGCAUUUCAAGGACUCUUUGAUAUGUUUGAUUUUGGUAAAACCAAGGGUAGUAGAAAUGUUUCUCAUGGCAUUCCCAUGCAGAAUGGAGGAGCAGAAAAUGUAAUCCUGGUGGAUGAAGAAAACUUAGAUGCCCUUGAAAGCUAUAUUUCAACAAAAGAAAUCAGUGAUAAUUCCCAAGAGACUCUGUCAUACACGGCUGAUCAUUCGAAAGAGACAGCAUGUGUCCUGAAAGCUGAUUACAGUAGUGGCGAUGUAAUCUUGGAAGAACAUCUGAAGAUGCAAAACGUAGUAGCUAGAGAGUUCACAGGAGACUCUGCAGUGGGGAGCGAAAUGGAUUUGGUUGUGACAGGAGCAGAUGACCAGAGAAGCAAACACAGAACUAGCUUUGAAUCUGAGCAAAACCAUAUCUCUGGCCAAGAGUUCACCGGACACCGUGUAGGGACUUGCAACAAACAAGAGACUACAGCAAGAGACUGUGGAACAGAUAUGGAAACUGAUAAGGACCUAUUAUGUCAAGAUGUUCAAAGCUUACCUGGCUUGUUAUAUGAUAACUUGGAUACUCCACAGAAGUCCCUGUCUGGUGGAGUGGAGUGUGGCUCAUUGCCAGAUAAUUUACUGUCUGAAAAGGCAAACGAAAAAAUGCUCUCUCUAGCAUCCGAUCCCAGAGAUAUGCUGAAAGGAAUGAAUGUAGCCAUUUCUAGCCAUUCAGUAGAUUCAAAUAAAAAUCUAGAGCAGAUAACAGAAGCAUCACCUGUGUUUCCUGUAUCUGUUCAGCAAAACCCUAACUGUCAUGCUCACUCUGAUUGUCAAGACCAGAAUAAAUUGGAUUCAGAUUCUGCUACAGCAACUGUUGUUGAUGCAUCAGAUACAAAUGCUGUAGAGCUCCAGCUUGAAGUUGUGGAUACUUCCAACAGUCCUCUUUCAGAUGAUCCAUCUGUGCUGGAAGAGCCUAAUUCAAAACAUCCAAACCAGAAACCGGAGGAUUCUGAGAUGACACAGACAGAAAUGCAGGAGCCAUCAUCUUCUACAAAAGCCGAUGCUGAUAGCUUAUUUCUGUCUCCUGACAAUGAGGGACAUACAGAACCACCUUCUGAAAACAACCCCACCACAUCCAUUGUUUGCCAAUCUCCUCCAGAGCCAGUGGCAGAAUCAAAUUCAAGGAACAAAGUUACUGGUAAUGUGUCAUCUAGCAGUCAAGCUACAGAUAUAGAUCCCUCCAGUGUAGUUUCCCUAAAAAUCAUUAUCAGUGACGAUCCAUAUAUUUCAUCAGAUACUGAGCUAAACAAUGCAGUUUCCAGCAUCACUGGAGAAAAUUUGCCAACGAUAAUAUUGUCUUCUCCAGCUAAAUCGCCAGCCAAACUGACAGGAGCAUCCAGGUGCUUAAUUUCAGAAGAUGUUGAACGAACUGAGGAUUCCACUUUAAUAGAACAGAAUGUGCUUGUUCUUAGACCUCAAGAUUCUGUUGUGAAUACACUCAGCGUACCAAAUGAAGAGUGUGCCGUUCUUUCCAUUGCUGGAGCCUCAAAUGUUGCCAAGGAUGGGGGAUUUAUACAACUGAUGCCAGCCACAAGCACCACCUUUGGUAACACCAACAGUGUUUAUAUUGCCACAUGUGUGACUGAACCAACAGCUUUGAGUACAAAUGCUUCUUCAUCAAAUUUAGUCAUGUUGCCUGGCAAUUCCACAUCUCUUACAUCACAGAUUCCUGCACCACAGCAGUUACGGACUCCUCCUAGAACAAACAACUUGUUUGCUAUGAACCCACCAAUGUCUCCAAACUUUUCACAGGGUUCUGCCAUUAUAAUUGCAUCUCCAGUCCAGCCUGUCUUGCAAGGAAUGGUGGGAAUGAUUCCUAUAUCUAUAAUGGGACAAAGUGGAAAUACAUUCUCAGAUCCUUCCCGGCAGGUCCUGCACAUGCCUGUACAGACUUCUUUGGGCAGUGGAGGUGUCCCAAAGCUACCUCUCCCUCCCAAAUCUCAGAGGAUCCCAAGAAAUAAGUCAAAUGCAGGAAAGCUGCUGCCUAGUGGAUCAGAGCCUGUCAAUCGUCCUGGUUCUCAAGUGCAAAGAAUUAGAAACCCAGACAGAAAUGCUUGUGUAGAUUUGAAAAAGGAGGAGAGUGUUGCUGUUGAGAUUGCAGAUUCCAACUCCAAACAAGGUGAAAGCCACAGAAGAGUGCUUUGCUUUGAUAGCACUCUGCCUACUCCAUCAGGAAGCACUCAAGCAUCGCAGAAAGAAAGGAAUGAAAACCCUUUACUUAGCUCUCCUUAUGCAGUGCCUUCAUCAGCUAAAAUUCAGUCCACCAAGAGAGAGCGGGAGAGAACUUUGCCUAGAAUUUUAUGCAAGCCUGAUAUUAGUAGUAGAAACUCUAUGAAGGAAAUCCAACCUGAGAGGAAGAAUUCGGGUCCAGGACUGGCAUCAGAUGUGCUGAGAAAGCAGACAGCAAAUAAAGAGAAUGAAUUAGAAAGGAAUGUUGACAAAAACCCCAAAAAUCAGGAGACGGCAAGCCUAACAAAUGUCCAACAAAAUAUUAGUCUUCUUAAUGAGAAGACCAGCUCCUCAGCACAAGAACUGACUAAAAAACAGGGGCUCCAAUCAAAUGCAAAUAGCAAGAAUUCAGGAGUUUUGCCUUCAAAGGAACCAAAGAAGGACCCGACGAAAUCUCCCAUUCAAGCCCACUGCUUGACCAGCCCAUUAACUAAGCAAGCUGUGGAAAUGUUACAAGACAUUCAGAGGCACAGCCCUGCUGGUAAACUACCUGAAACCGGGGACUUGCCAGUGCCACGCACACCUUCGGGAACUGGAGAUAGACUCUCUGACGAUACUUUUGAUAUAAUAAGGACACCGACGUGUAGACGGUACGGUGAAGAUAGUACGACACCAAGGAUCAUGGUUCCUCCAGCUACUCCUGACUUGCCAGCGUGUAGCCCAGCAAGUGAGACCAGUAGUGAAAACAGUGUUAGCAUGGCGGCUCACACAUUGAUGAUACUUUCGCGAGCAGCUAUUGCAAGGACUAGUACAACUACUCCUCUAAAAGACAAUACUCAACAGUUUCGAUCUUUAAGAAGCGUGGCCAAAAAAAGGAAGCAGGAAGACUUGAUUGAAUGUGAGAAAAAUUCCCGGACUGCCAGUAAAAAAGAUCUUCAGAACUUUACAGUGCCGAUAAAAAAGAAGAAAGUAAAGCAAAAGAAGCUACCAGUUUCCUUUCCAGCAGGAAUGGAUGUGGAUAAGUUCUUACUGUCUUUGCAUUAUGAUGAAUAAGUUAACUUGAGAUCAGGUGCUGCCUGGUGAGUUUGGAAGGAAAAGAGAGCCAGUUGUCUUCUGAGGGCUAGGAUGCACACUCAAAAGUUCCACUUUAUGCAAGCAAGUCAUACUGGUUCUGGAAAAAUGUUGCUAGUUUAUAAAUAAAAGUUGGUGGAUCUGUUGAGAAAGCACUUAAAGUGAAUUGGCUGUACAUUACGUUUGCACAGUUAUGCUUAGGCUGCUGUAAAUAUUGUAGAUAUUAAAGUUGUAAAAAUACUUUUUUAUAAGCAGCUUUAUUUAUUUUGAGAAACAUUACAGUUGAAAUGAGAGGCUGUACAAAAACUGAGAUACAACUUUGGAAUAGAAUCCAAGAUCACAGCUAUGCAGUGUCUUCUUUGUGUUCACCAUAGGAGUCUUUCAAAAGGAUAACUGCAGUUGAUGGAUGCAGAGAUGAACCAGAGUUGUUGGCAGAUGUAAUAAAGUUAUAUCAAGCACAAUAA